AUGAUAGUAACGAUUACACUCCUUUCUUCCACCACCAUCUUGGCUCAGAACACAUUACCGAAUACAGGACUCUGGAAAGGCUGUAAACAGAUCAAAAUAGAAGUGGAGCAAGAGACGGCAGUUUCAUGUACCUCCAUUCAAACCUAUAAUGAGAGUACGAUUGCCUUCAGAUAUGAAAAGAGUGUUCCAUUUACUCUGUACUAUACGUUUUUUGAUACAAAACUUUAUGAAGUGUGUGAUGCCAAGAGUGUCUCUGCUUUGUUUAAAAAGUACUCGAUUGAUUCAUGUUUGAGUUUAUAUUGUAAUAAUUUCCCUCGAUUGAGUAACUCUUCAAUUACGUAUUUAAAUCGGACGUAUGGUAUUUCAAAUCCUAGGGAUAAACAGACUGCUGUUGGAGAAUUUGCAUGGAUGAUGAAUUACUGUCAAUAUUGUCAGCGCGAUGAUUUUGUGGAAUUUCACACUCAACUUGCAAUCGCUGCCAACACGACCACUUGUUUCCAAUAUGUUCAUGAUGAUUUCUGUAAUUAUAAUCAGCCAGUUCCCGACGGAUCCUUCUAUCAACCUCUCAUUCAUGGAGAGUCCUUGUUGGAAGGAAAGACUUUAAAUCCUUGGAUUUGUUUUUGUGGAGAUAGUCGGUUCGGAUUCAAGUGUGACUACUUUUCGACAAACUUUAUUCCAUUCACAUUCCAGGCAUAUCCAAUCAUUGCGUUUGUGAUUUCCGGAAUUCUUGCCAUUGUAACGGUUGUAUGUAAUGUCGUUCCAUUGUGUUAUAGAAAUUAUAAGAAAAUCCGUGCCAGCGUCAAACAUCACUUUAAAACUCUCAAGAGAGCAGUGUAUGAAGAGGUGUUUACUCUGAACUGGUUGAUCAUUUUCUUUGUCUUCUCAUACUUUGUUUUUCUAACACUUGAGAACAUUUUGGGAAUUCCUUUGAAUAAUGUUUAUGACGCAAGAAUAGCGUUAGGACUCUGGAAAGGCUGUAAACAGAUCAAAAUAGAAGUGGAGCAAGAGACGGCAGUUUCAUGUACCUCCAUUCAAACCUAUAAUGAGAGUACGAUUGCCUUCAGAUAUGAAAAGAGUGUUCCAUUUACUCUGUACUAUACGUUUUUUGAUACAAAACUUUAUGAAGUGUGUGAUGCCAAGAGUGUCUCUGCUUUGUUUAAAAAGUACUCGAUUGAUUCAUGUUUGAGUUUAUAUUGUAAUAAUUUCCCUCGAUUGAGUAACUCUUCAAUUACGUAUUUAAAUCGGACGUAUGGUAUUUCAAAUCCUAGGGAUAAACAGACUGCUGUUGGAGAAUUUGCAUGGAUGAUGAAUUACUGUCAAUAUUGUCAGCGCGAUGAUUUUGUGGAAUUUCACACUCAACUUGCAAUCGCUGCCAACACGACCACUUGUUUCCAAUAUGUUCAUGAUGAUUUCUGUAAUUAUAAUCAGCCAGUUCCCGACGGAUCCUUCUAUCAACCUCUCAUUCAUGGAGAGUCCUUGUUGGAAGGAAAGACUUUAAAUCCUUGGAUUUGUUUUUGUGGAGAUAGUCGGUUCGGAUUCAAGUGUGACUACUUUUCGACAAACUUUAUUCCAUUCACAUUCCAGGCAUAUCCAAUCAUUGCGUUUGUGAUUUCCGGAAUUCUUGCCAUUGUAACGGUUGUAUGUAAUGUCGUUCCAUUGUGUUAUAGAAAUUAUAAGAAAAUCCGUGCCAGCGUCAAACAUCACUUUAAAACUCUCAAGAGAGCAGUGUAUGAAGAGGUGUUUACUCUGAACUGGUUGAUCAUUUUCUUUGUCUUCUCAUACUUUGUUUUUCUAACACUUGAGAACAUUUUGGGAAUUCCUUUGAAUAAUGUUUAUGACGCAAGAAUAGCGUUAGGAUAUGGAUUUUUCAGAUCGCUGAGUUUGCUUUGGCUCAUUGCCGCCCUUGUCACAACAUUGGUCAUGUGGGUCAAUUUAUUGUUGGGAUCUAUGAGAACGACCACAGAUGCUCUCGUGAUUCAUCCCGGUCUCAAAGUUUUAUUGGUCAUUGUUUAUUUGAUUUUACUUGGCAUGUCAAUUCUUCCAUUUAUUUAUGCAGCGGAUAAGAGCGUUGCCAAAAUAUUCAACUUGGUAUUCUUUACUCUGACUGCUGCUUCUGCUGUACUCUUUACAAUUUUCUUUGUUGUGUUUGGUGCUAAAUUAUUCUUUACCUUGAAGGUGGCAAACAAUUUGUCCAUUUUCCAGAUCAAAUUUACCAAGUUUGUCAUGUUCCUUGUUGUGACAUUUACAAUUGUUUUCAUUGAAAUGAUUUUCAUUAUUGUCGAAUAUGGAUCUCAUAGAGUGGUCUUUGGAUUAUUCUAUCGAUCGAUUAACUUUAAUACCCUCGAUUUGACCAUGUGCGUGUUGGUUUCUGGAAUUAUCUAUCAAAUGACUAGCAAUGUGGAAUUCAAACAAAUUUAUUGUCCAUGCAUGAAAGAUAACACCUUUAAGAAAUAUCAAGAUUACAUUUCAAGAAAGAGUGGAAAAUUCAAAAAGGUCAAUACUGAAGUUGAAGACAUUGAAGAAGGCUCCAUAGCUUCUGAAACUCAAGCUGGAGCUGCCUAUUCAUUUGUUCCUUCCGAUGAGAGCACCUCACUGGCGAGAAAUAAUUAUCAUUAA